AAUAAUUUUGUGCUGUUCUGUAUAUGGGAUUAUAUGUCACAUGACUAUGAUGUUUAUUAUUAGACAAGAACACAAAUCGCCAAGAUGGACGCAGUUUGUAGGAUUUUGUUAGCUGUACUUUGUGUGUUGAUUUGUCAGCAGACCGUUUCUGGUCUUUGGUGUGGAGACACUUACAGUUACACAAUCUGUGGAGAUGAUUCGUAUUGCUGUAAUUUUGACGAAUGUUGCACGACUUACUAUGUUUACCAGCUGUGGUGGUUCUGGUUCAUUUGGAUUGUGAUAUUCCUCCUAAUUGUUAGUUGCGUCAUUGCAAUGCGCAGGCGCAGAAACCGUAUGCAAUAUAUCCGAAUAGCUCAACCAGCGUAUGGUACAACUGUGGCAACCAGCACCACUGCAAAUUACCCACAGGUCUACCCUUAUCAACAACCCCAGGCCUCAGCUCCGGCGUACACACCUCAGUAUACACAGGUACACAUAUCAAGUUCAUUUUUUUUCUCCAUGUUACAUGAGAAAUUAAGUUGCUCUGAAAAUGAAAGAAAUGUGACGAUACGCAGGACAUUUAUUGACUAUCUUCCUUUCAGAAACCACCGCCUUACCAGUGAUUGGAUCAUCUGGACAGAUCAUAUUGGGGCUGGGGCAUCCUCCUCAUCAAAUGUCCUUCUUUGUUCAAUAGGAUUAUCAUAACUUUUACUUAUCUGUUGGAAUUUGAAUAAAAUGUAACCAAAAUUAAAUCAUCUUGAAUCGACACCCAUUUGAAGUGGUGUAGUGGUUUUAUCGGUAUAACAAAAGUGUAAUUAAUUAAUUGCUAGUUGUUUUUUUAAAGUUUUAUUUCCAAUAACAUAUAAUUCUGUAGGAAGUUUUUAACGUUUGCAGUCAAAUUAAUCUUAUGAUAUUCUGUGUUUUUGAAAAAAGAAAUUGUACAGAUAAGAGAAAAUAUACCGGGAUAUUAGUCUUUCGUGUUGAUAUUCGAAAUAUAUACCCAGUGUCAAAUCAAGUGUUACAUGUAAUUAGCAAUUUUUCAUAAUCUACCGUGUUAUUGGUAUAACGAUUGUGCUUUUAAAUAUUGAAUGGAGUUUUGAAUUUAUCAUUAAAUCUAAGGUACGCUGCAUAUUAUCUCUUUGAUGUUUUUAUCAUUAUAGACAUGUUCAUAAAGUUUUCAUUUUUGUAUAUUAAGUCUAGUGAUUCAAUUGUUUUAUACGUCACAUUUCAAAGUGCAAUAAACAACAUUCAAAACCUA